AUGGAUCCUAAUUCGUCCCAGGAAAACAUGGACAAUGCCAGCAAGCGUCGUUCUCCAAGCAUUGGUGAAGAUGCAGACUCUACCAAGAGAAGCAAGGUUGGUUCACCCACCAAUGACAUUGACAAGAUGGAAGCGGAAGCCUCUCUAAACAAAAUUGCUCAGGAAAGUGGGCCCCCCAAUAUCAAAGAUAAGGAUUCCAAUGACAAACCAUCAUCCAACACCGUUAUCACUGGAGGCAAGGGCGUUGGCGAAGCAGGUUCCAUGCUGUCAGACCUUUCCGAUUUAGAGUCAGUUGCUAGCUGGCCCGAGUGGAAGGACGGUGAUGCUGAUUUGUAG